AUACACGUUUUGGAAUUGGGAGUAAAAAUAAUUUGAUCCAAUGUAUAUAUGAUGAGGGACGGGGUGCAGAUGACAGACGGAGAGUGAGUGAGCUCAAGGAAUUGAAUGAAGCAAAUUAAUGGAAGACCCAAAACCCCAACCCUCUUUCCUCUCCAAAAAGCUUCCACUUUUGUGCACACUCUGCUGCUGCUCUCUCCUCCUCUCGCCCUCUCUUUCAGCCGCCGCCGCCACUCCCAACCUCCACCCACAAGAGGCGGCGGCGCUCGGGGAGAUCGGGAAGAGGUUCGGGAGGGAUUUGGGGUUGCCGGAUCCGUGCGGUGGUGGAAAUGGGAGUUGGAGUGGGACCAGAGCUCCGAGGAAAGGGUUUGAGACCACUAUCACUUGCGAUUGCUCUUUUGACGGCGCCACCCUCUGCCAUAUCGUUGCCAUAAGUCUGAAGUCCCAAAACUAUUCAGGAGGCGUCCCCCCAGAAUUCGCCAAGUUCCAACACCUCAAUACCUUGGAUCUCAGCCGUAAUUAUCUGAAUGGCUCUAUCCCCCAACAAUGGGCUUCCAUGCGCCUGCUCGACCUCUCUUUUAUGGGGAACCGGUUAUCGGGUCCGUUUCCAUCCGUUCUCACCAGAAUCAAUACCCUCAGGAACCUGAGCAUAGAAGGAAAUAGCUUCUCGGGAUCUAUUCCUUUGGAGAUUGGGAACUUAGUUCAUCUUGAGAAACUAGUAUUGUCCUCAAAUGCAUUUACAGGAAAUUUGCCAUCCGCGCUUGGCAUGCUGAAGAACUUAACUGAUCUGAGGAUAAGUGACAAUAACUUCACAGGACAGAUACCCGAUUUCAUCAGCAAAUGGACAAAAAUUGAGAAACUGCACAUUCAAGGCUGUUCAAUUGAAGGCCCUAUACCUCCAGAAAUUUCCAACUUAACAACUUUAAUUGAUCUGAGGAUAAGUGACUUGAAGGGGGAGAGGUCCAGUUUCCCUCAACUUAAAGGAAUGGAAUCCAUGAAGAUACUGGUAUUGCGGAACUGCAUGAUAGAUGGAGAGAUCCCAGAAUAUCUUGGGAACAUUAGAAGAUUGAAAACUCUGGACCUGAGUUAUAACAAUUUGAGCGGUGGGAUUCCAACUUCUUUUUUUCAACUAUCCAAAGCAGAUUUCAUCUAUUUGACCAGGAACAGCCUCACUGGAACUGUCCCAAAGUGGAUUUUAUCUUCAAACAAAAAUAUGUAUGUGUUAAAUAUAUUGUAUAUUUAAUAUCUUUACAUAUAUUUGGUAGUUUCCU